AUGGCACCGUCAACAACAGUUGGACCUUUAAUUCGGCAUUCACUUGAAACAAAAUGGUACGAUUAUGGAAAUCUGGAAUGUGCUGAGCAACUGACUUCUGACUUGAAUUAUCUCAAUAGCAUUGAAGAACAAGCAGAAAUUUUAUUAAAAAAAGAUUGUGAAUUGCAGUGGCAGAUGCAAAGUAAGAAAAACACGACUGAGGCAGCAUGGCUGAGCACAAUUCUGACGCGUGGUACGGCCAGCGAUAAAGUAACUGCUAUGCAGAUAUUGAUACAGCGACAUCCAGUUCAUUCUCUUGCACAUAUUGCAUCAUUGGUUAAUACUGUUGCUAGGAAAAAUACAAGAGAGGCAUUUUCUAUACUCGGCCUGCUAAAGGACUUGUUUAUUAAUGAAUUAUUACCGCCAAAGCGAAAAUUGAUACCCUUCUCAAUGAGACCAGUGGAUAAAAUAAAUUUAUCAUCAUUGGACAAGGAUUCUAAUUUGAAAAAAAAACUUAUACUCUGGAAAUUUGAAUCAGAUUUGAAAGCUAUUUAUGAGAAAUUCGUUAUUGCAGUUGAGCGAUUAGCUGGAGAAAAUAUAGAAAAAUUGGGCAUAAUGUCUUGUCGUUACGCUCUGGAACUAUUAACCGCACGUGCCGAACAAGAACAGAAAUUGCUAUCUUUGCUUAUCAAUAAACUGGGAUACCCAAAUAAAACAUUGGCUACACGUGUUUGUGGAUAUCUGCUGCAGUUAACCAGAAAGCAACCUCUGAUGCGUCAUGUUGUUGUUAAAGAAGUGGAGCGACUUAUUUAUCGGAAGAAUGUUUCAUGCUGUACACAGCUUCAUGCAAUCUCAUUUUUAUCUCAGAUGAACCUUCAUGGUUGUGACUCAACACUUGCAUCAACAUUGCUUAAUAUCUAUAUAGGAUUAUUUAGAAUGUUAGUUUUGAAUAAGAAAAUGGAUGAAAAAAUAUUGAAUGUUUUGUUGUUGGCUACGAAUCGGGUAUUCUCCUAUGCAAGAGGUGAUGUAGAUAAAUUGAUGAAAGAAAUCGACACUUUAUACAAAAUUUUACACCAAUCAAAAUUUUCAACUGCUUUGCAGACACUGAAGUUAUUAUAUCAGCUUCUUACAACAAGUGAGGGGAUUUCGGAUCGUUUUUAUGCUGCUCUUUAUCGACGUAUACUGGAUCUUCAACAUGGCACAAAUGUAGAUAGGCAAUUAUUUUCGUUGUUAUAUCAAGCUUUAUCCUCGGAUAGUGUUGAAUAUCGAGUUAUUGCAUUCAUCAAGCGUCUUUUGCAGUUGUCUCUGUGUCGGAAUGCUCCAUUUGCCGCUGCAACGUUAAUUUUGAUUUCACGAUUGAUUGAGAAGCGACCAUCAUUAUUAAUAAUUAAGAAAACUGCUGAUCUUACAAAAUUCAGUGAGAAUGUGGAAGCGGAAGUUGCCGAUGAUGAAGAGGAAGUGUAUCAUGAUUACGACUCCUCCACAGAAACAGUAACUAAUGGAGUUUCAGUAAACUCAGCAUUUGAAAGUAAUGAGAAGGUGAUUAAUGAUGUCAAACCCUGUAAAAAGGUUUUCGGAUGGAUGCACAAAAAUAACAUCGUAGUGCGAAGCAAUGCGACAACAUACAAUCCAAUGAUUAGAAAUCCAUUGUUCUCUCGUGCUGAUAAAAGUAUUGCUGCAGAACUAACACUAUUAAGCAUGCAUUACCAUCCUUCAGUUGCUGUGUUUGCGUCGAAUCUGCUUAAUGGUAUAGCAAUACGAUAUGAUAGUGAUCCGUUACUCGAUUUUACUCAAAUGCGCUUUCUGGACCGUUUCGUGUUUCGGAAUCCCAAAACAAAAGAUACGAAUGAGAAAGUUAUGCGGCGCAAAAUCUACGAUCCUCAUGGUGUUAGGAAGCUACCAGUAAUAUCGAAGGAAUAUGCUACAAAAAGCAGAAGUGAAAUACCUAUCGAUGAAAGGUUUUUGCACCGUUUUGUGUCAGUGAAAAUGCGGAUGAAGGAAGAAAACGAAAGAGAUACUGUUCAUGAUGAUGAUGAUAUUGAAAGCGUCAACUCCGAUGAGUUCAAUAUGUUGCUAAAUCGUUUCGAACCGGGUGAACGAAGCGAAGUAUUUGAUGUUGACUUCAGUCAGGAAUUCGGUAUUGAGAAGAAUAAAGAAGCAAAAGGCCGAAAGCGGCCGCUUGAAAAUGAUACUGACGAGGAGGAAGAGAAUGAUAUGGAAAAGGAAGAUAUGAUGGAUGUUGAUGAAGACGAAGAGCCUGAAGAUUGGAGUGAAGAAAAUGAAGAAUCAAAUACUGCGGAGGAAGAAGAAUCAAGUGAAGACGAAUUUGUUGAACGGACAAAGGAAAGUUGCGAUAGUGAUGAUUCGGAUGAUUCCGCUCAACAGUUCAGUUAUAUGGAAGAUGCUGCAAUAAGUGCUGAUAAGUUCACAGCGAUGUUGGAAGAAGAAAAUAAUUCGCAUAAAAAAGAAUCGAAAAGGAAGAUCAAAAAGGUUCAUGGGUUCAAGAAACGAAAGAAUCGGUAG